AUUUCCGCCGGUAAUCAUUUGGAUAAGCCUUUUGCUUCCACGGACACGCACAAAAAACCCAAAGAAAAAACGCCAUUAACAAUGGCUUCGCCCGGCUCCUUCCGGCACAACCUGACCAAUCAGUGACGAAACAAUUCCUCUGUUGACUACAGUCUCUUCUAUUCAGUAGAGUGGUUGCCGGAGUUUGAUCGGAGAACAAAUGAGUUUCCGGGACGAUAACGAGGAUGGGAGAGGCGGGGGCGGGGAUCUGCGGAAGCCGUUCCUACACACGGGGAGCUGGUACCGGAUGGGUUCGAGGCAGUCUUCCAGCAUGAUGGGUUCUACCGCCGGGUUUCGCGACAGCUCCAUCUCCGUCCUCGCCUGCGUUCUCAUCGUCGCCCUCGGCCCAAUCCAAUUCGGCUUCACCUGUGGGUAUUCUUCCCCGACUCAGUCCGCCAUCACAAAGGAUCUCAAUCUUACCGUCUCCGAGUUUUCUUUGUUUGGGUCCUUGUCGAAUGUUGGAGCUAUGGUUGGAGCGAUUGCCAGUGGGCAGAUUGCUGAGUACAUCGGCAGAAAAGGGUCUCUUAUGAUUGCUGCAAUCCCCAACAUUAUCGGCUGGCUAGCCAUCUCGUUUGCCACAGAUUCUUCAUUCCUCUACAUGGGGAGAUUGCUGGAGGGUUUUGGCGUGGGGAUCAUCUCUUACACGGUGCCUGUUUACAUAGCAGAGAUAGCACCACAAAAUCUGAGAGGAGGCUUGGGUUCUGUCAAUCAGCUCUCUGUCACUAUUGGAAUCCUGCUGGCAUACCUGCUCGGACUAUUUGUCCCAUGGAGAAUUCUAGCUGUUUUAGGAGUAUUGCCUUGCACAAUUCUGAUACCUGGCCUGUUCUUCAUUCCCGAGUCUCCCCGGUGGUUGGCGAAAAUGGGGAUGAUGGAAGAUUUUGAAGCAUCUCUGCAAGUUCUCCGUGGGUUCGAUGCUGAUAUUUCCCUGGAAGUGAAUGAAGUUAAGAGAGCAGUGGCUUCUGCUGGCAGAAAACAAGCAAUCCGCUUCGCUGACCUAAAAAGGAAAAGAUAUUGGUUCCCUUUGAUGGUUGGAAUUGGCUUGCUUGUUCUGCAACAGCUCAGUGGAAUCAAUGCCGUCCUAUUCUAUUCCAGCACCAUUUUUGAAGCUGCUGGAGUUACAAACGGCAAUAUGGUCACAUGUAUCGUUGGUGCGCUCCAGGUCCUAGCCACUGCUGUAACAACCUGGCUCAUUGAUCGAGCUGGGCGCCGAGUUCUACUCAUAGUCUCUACUAUUGGGAUGACUCUCAGCAUUCUACUUGUCGCUGUAUCUUUCAUCGUAAAGGAUUUCAUAUCAAGUGAUUCGAAUUUGUCCAACAUAUUGGGGAUUCUGUCAGUUGUUGGAGUUCUGGCCAUGGUUGUUACCUUCUCUUUGGGAAUGGGAGCCAUCCCUUGGGUUAUCAUGUCCGAGAUUCUUCCCGUCAACAUUAAGGGCCUUGCUGGAAGCACAGCAACGCUGGCGAAUUGGUUCAUUGUGUGGCUGGUCACCGUGACAGCAAACUUGCUCUUGACUUGGAGUGCAGGAGGAACUUUCAUCAUUUACACGGUGGUGAGUGCCUUCACGGUGGCAUUUGUAUCACUCUGGGUGCCCGAGACGAAAGGAAGGACUCUGGAAGAAAUCCAAAGCUCCUUCAGAUGAGAUUAUCCCUUGUUUCUUCGCCCUUCUUCUUCCUUUUCCAUACGGUUUUCUGAGAUAUUGGGCCGACAUAUAGCAAAAUCUUUUGUACAUCAUAUUGAGGAAGGGGAACAGAAAAGGAAGAGGGAGAAGCAGAAUUUGCCCUUGAUUUUGGCUGUUUUGUAAUGUGGGUCGUUUUCGGGCCAUUUUGUGCAUAGUAAAAUUCUAUAUGCAAAUUCUUUCAGCAAAAAACGAGUUCAUAGGCGGCCCUUUUGCCCAUUCUCUGCCAACCCUCCUCAAUUUCUUCUUCCCGACUUGUUCAUCGUACGACCCCAGUCGUUAGUG